AUGCUGAGAAGUCUGAAAGGACUUGUCUACCAUCCUCUAAAGUUGGACCACGGGUAUGCCCUCCAUAUGGCAGCCAAGGAUUGCUUAAGUUCCGUUGUCAACCAGGAUGUCCAAACACUGGCAGAAAGAGCAGUUUUCUAUACCAGCGAGAAUGACCCGGCCAACCACACAGAACACCACGAGGGUCGCCAUUAUAGCAUUCCACUUGAGGAGGUGAAAGCUGUCUUUCCACAUGGACUGCCCUAUCGCUUCCAGCAGCAGAUUAAGACCUUCAAUGAAGCCUGCCUAAUGGUGCGAAAACCAGCUCUAGAACUUUUCACUUACCUGAAAAGCUCCAACUUUGCACACCCAGCUGUCAGAUAUGUGAUCUAUGGCGAGAAGGGAACAGGGAAAACCAUGACUCUGUGUCACGUGGUUCACUACUGUGCAAGGCAAGGCUGGCUGGUGCUGCACAUCCCAGAUGCUCAUCUCUGGGUAAAAAACUGCAGGGAGCUUAUGCAGUCUUCCUAUAACAAAGAACGGCUUGAUCAGCCUUUGCAAGCAUCUUCCUGGCUCAAGAACUUCAAAACCUCAAAUGAGCGCUUCCUAAAAGAGAUAAAAACACAAAAAAAAUACAUGUGGGGCAAACGAGAAAGCACGGAGGAGGGCAGACCGUUGGGUGAAGUGGUGGAGCAGGGUUUAGCUCGCGUGAGAAAUGCCAGCGAUGCUGUAGGGGUUGUGCUGAAAGAGAUAAAGCAGCAAUGUCAUCUUGGCUCAUUCCGACUUCUUGUGGCAGUGGAUGGCGUCAACGCGCUCUGGGGAAGGACUACGUUAAAGAAGGAAGACAAAAGCCCCGUUUCUCCAGAGGAGCUGACGCUCGUGUACAAUCUAAGGAAGAUGAUGAUGAACGAUUGGAACGGAGGUGCUAUUGUGACAACCCUCAGCCAGACCGGCUCUCUCUUCAAGCCCAGUUCUGCCUACUUGCCCCAGGAAUUGCUGGGAAAG